GUCUCGGGUCCGUGCCAUUAAAGGCUCUACGUGGCUCUGCCCCCUAUUCUGUCGGGUUGUGACCUGUACUGACGUCGGUAGUCGGUGAGAAGGACGCCGGGGGACCCAGGAAACCUAGAAAUUGUGAGAGUUCGGCCUGAGUCAGGAUUUGGGGGAGGAGUGCCUGGCCCAACGUGGACUUCCCUUCGCGCUCCUGCCGUGCUCGGGGUCGGCUGUCACCUGCCGUUAACGGUCGCUGGUGGCUCUCUCACAGCCUGUGUCACGCUGUGAUCUGCACUGGCCGUGGGAGUCAUAGGAAGGACUCAGGGGGACCCGGGAGACUAGAAAUGGACUCAGUGGCCAUUGAGGAUGUGGCUGUGAACUUCACACCAGAGGAGUGGGCUUUACUGAAUCCUUCACAGAAGAAACUCUACAGAGAUGUGAUGUUGGAAACCUUCAGGAACCUGGCCUCUAUAGGAAAAACAUGGAAAGUUCAUGAUAUUGAAGAUCAAUACAAAAACCAGGGGAGAAUACUAAGAAGUCAUAUGGUAGAGACACUCUCUGAAUGUGAAGAGGGUAGUCAAUGUGGAGAAAACUUUAACCUUAUUCCGAAUCUCAAUCUGAACAACAAAACUCCUGCAGCAAAACCAUGCAAAUGCAGUGCAUGUGGAAAAGUCUUCAUGCAUCAUUCAUCCCUCAAUAGGCAUGUUAGAUGUCACAUUGAAUACAAGCCAUGUGGCUAUCAAAAAUAUGGAGAUAAGCCAUAUAAAUGUAAGGAAUGUGGGAAAGCCUUCACUUUUCCCAGUAUCCUUCAAAGACAUGAAAGAACUCAUACUGGAGAGAAACCCUAUGAAUGUAAAAAAUGCAGUAAAGCAUUCAGUAGACUCAGUUCUCUUCAAAGACAUGAAAGAACUCAUACUGUAGAGAAACCCUAUGAAUGUAAAAAAUGCAGUAAAGCAUUCAGGUCUUACAGUUAUCUUCAGAUACAUGAAAGAAUUCAUACUGGAGAGAAACCCUAUGUAUGUAAAGAAUGUGGGAAAACCUUUACAGCUCCCUCAAGCCUUCAAUCACACAUGAUCUUUCACACUGGAGAUGGACCUUAUAAAUGUAAGGAAUGUGAGAAAGCAUUCAUUUCUCCCAGUGCAUUGCAAAAACAUGAAAGGAGUCACACGGGAGAGAAACCCCAUGAAUGUAAGGAAUGUGGGAAAACGUUCAGUUCUGUUAAAGGUUUCCAAAUACAUAAAAGAAAUCAUACUGGCGAGAAACCCUAUGAAUGUAAAAAAUGCAGUAAAGCAUUUAGUUGUCUCACUGCUCUUCAAACACAUGAAAGACAUCACACUGGAGAGAAACCUUUUGAAUGUAAGGACUGUGGGAAGGCCUUUAUUGCUCUCACAAACCUUCGAGCACACAUGAUCACUCACAGUGGAGAUGGACCUUAUAAAUGUAAGGAAUGUGAGAAAGUAUUCAUUUAUCCCAGUUCAUUUCGAAUACAUGAAAGGAGUCACACUGGAGAGAAACCCUAUGAAUGUAAAGAAUGUGGGAAAGCCUUCAGUUUGUAUGCUAACUUAAAAAUACACCAAAGAACUCACACAGAAGGAACACUUUUUGUAUGUAAGGAAUGUGGUAAGGCUUUCAUUUCUCUUCAAGCUCUCCAAAUACAUGAAAGAAAUCACACUGGUGAGAAACCCUAUGAAUGUAAAAAAUGCAGUAAAGCAUUCAGUAGACUCAGUUCUCUUCGAAGACAUGAAGGAACUCAUCCUGGAGAGAAACCCUAUGAAUGUAAAAAAUGCAGUAAAGCAUUCACUUCUUCCAGUUCUCUUCAAAUGCAUGAAAGAAUCCAUAGUGGAGAGAAACCCUAUAAAUGUAAGGAAUGUGGGAAAACCUUUACUGCUCCCUCAAGUCUUCGAUCACACAUGAUCUUUCACACUGGAUAUGGACCUUAUAAUUGCAAGGAAUGUGAGAAAGCAUUCAUUUCUCCCAGAUCAUUUCAAAAACAUGAAAGAAGUCACAUUGGAGAGAAACCAUAUGAAUGUAAGGAAUGCAGUAAAGCAUGCAGUUGUACCAGUUCUCUUCAAAGUCAUGAAGGAACUCAUACUGGAGAGAAACCAUAUGAAUGUAAAAAAUGCAGUAAAACAUUCAUUUCUUCCAAUUCUCUUCAAAUACAUGAAAGAGUUCACACCAGAGAGAAACCCUAUGAAUAUCAGGAAAAUGGGACAGCCUGUAUUUCUCAUGAAAACUUUUGAGGAUAUGCAAGAAUACAGAUCAGAGGAAAAACCAUAUAAAUGUAAAGAAUGCAGGAAAGCCUUUUGUCAUCCGAGUUCUUUCUGAAGGCAUGAAAGGACUCACUUAAUGAAAGCUUCUUGAGUGUAAACACCAUGGGAAAGAUUUCACUUGGCCUACAUCCUUCUAUGUGAAACUCCCACCAAAAAGAAAUAUAAAUUUAAGUCAUAUAUGAAAGCUUGAUAGAAAUUAUAAAUAUAUUGUGUUUAGCAAGCCCCUUUCUUAAAGUGCAACAUUGGAUUGUGGAAUCUGUUAACUACUUUCAGAAAUGAAUAUUGAAGUGAAAUAAUUCUGCAAGACAUCUUUCAUCAGUAGUAUAUAAGAUUAAUAGGUGUUGCUUUUUCCUUAAACCAGUUAAUAAUAUUUUCUCUUUAAUUUUUAAUAAUGUUUUAAUUGUUCUGUGUCAAUGGGCCAUUGAAAAAUGACAGUUUCUAUUUGUUGGAAUUUUCUUACUGGCCUUAUAUUGCAGUCCUGGAUAUGCAUAAUUCAUUGUAUAUUUUGUUCCUUUCUUAGAUAAAGGUCCUUUUUUAGGUUGGUGGGUAUACCAGCCUCUUUUUAUUUUCCAUACUAUUCAACAGUUAGAAUAAAUUUCUAUGUAUGGCAAGUUUAUCAAAUAGUAUACUUUCUUGUGAAUUAUUAUUUUCAUAUUUGGGUUCAAUUAAACCACAGAGGUGUUCCCAUUUAGAGAAACAGUUGCAUUCCUCUGCACUGUUUUAGCUCAUCUUGAGUGUAUUCUAUGAGUAGAGUGAUAUCUAUGCAAGUCCACUGUGAUCUCCCAGUGGAAACACCCCAAAAGAGCUAUGGGUGUUUAGAGGCAAUCAUCCAAGGAAUAAUUGAGAUGUGCUGCAGAGGGAGGGUAUCAUUUUGAGUAAUAUUCCUAAUUGAGUAUAAAAGGAGAACUGGAAAAUUCUGAACAUCUUCUCAUCACAGGAGUCCCUGGAAGUCUCUUGUAUUAAUGAUCCACAAAAGCCUGUAGCCCAUUUAGUUGUUCACAUGUUUCAUUUCCAUAUGCUUAGAUGUCUAACACAUGUUAUGGAAAAGUGAGAAACAGCAGUAAUAGCUUCAAGGUUAAAAACAGCAAAGGAAUGUAUUCCAUUUUUUUUAGUGUUAACUUACCUAUUGAUGGGGUGUCAUUCAAAUGAGCACCACAGGAAUGUUCUUUUGGAGUGAAGGUAUGGUUUUAAUCUUUUGAUGGCAGUAUAUAUUUGUGAAAAUGCAUGAGUGCUCUUAAACUAUUUUAUAUAUGUUUAAAUGUGUGUUAUAUAUAUAAUUAUUAGAAAAUGAAUAACACAGUUGCUAUCAUAUGCUAGAAGAAUGUUAAGUGCUCCUCAACCUUGAUUUUUAUGUCUUCAACUCUUCUUUCCUUGACUAUGGGAUCCUUCUUAGGAAGAACUGAAAGACUGAGCAAGGACUCAGUCCUCAACAGGCCUUUCUUGCAACCCUGUCUUAAUUAAAAAAUCGUGCUCUAGAGCUGCACCUGCCCUCAUCUCAUCCACAUACUAGGAGCUUAGUGAGAGGGCUCCCACAAUCUCUUUGAGUUUAAAUUGGCUUCCUUGGACAAAUCUUUGGAAAUACAGUGGUUCUAAGACAUAAAAGUGUAUCUCAAGCUGGAUCUGCCUGGGGACAUCCUCAUUCAUGUGUACCAGUAUCAUUUCUUUUGUUUUUCCCCGCCAGUACAUGGUUAUAUAUCAUAGUUGUGGAGUUAUAACUCUUCUGUGUGGGACACUGCCUCAGCACGGCUUGAUGAGCAGUGAGUAGGUCCGCACCAAGGAUCCAAAUCGGCAAACCCCAGGCUGCCAAAGCAGAACAUGUGAACUUAACCACUACACCACUGGGCUGGCCCCUCAUUUCUUUUCAUUACCAUCCAUAGGCCAUUUCCAGCUCUUCAUUUCCCAUCACAAGCCUACUCUUUACCUGAUUACUUGGAAACAUCUUUAGAAAUCUAUGCCUGUCCCACUCUGCAAAAUUUCUCUGAGGCAAUACCAGGGGGCUGUGAGCUGAGAGAGUGAGAGAAGCAGUGAUAGAACCCAUGUCAGGGGCACAGUCUGCCAGCCACAGUGAUACAGCCAUGUCAUAUUUAUCAGAUCUGCUUACUCAGUUAUUUACACAACACUUAGAAAUUGACUUCCAUUAAAUUGGGAAACAAAAGGCUGUACAAUUUUUGACAUAACACUCAAUACCAUUAGUAUCCCCCUCCCCACACUCCUUUAUAAUAGAGGCUUUAGCAGCCUCCCAUUAUGCAGCCAAGAGUCUCUAAACUAAACCUCCCAUGGUGGACAUAAAUUCCCCAAGGCAUUCUUGUACCAGAAACUAUUCUCUUCUGCGGGUGCUGCACACAAUUUGAGAAGCCACUGAUGGCAACUGACAGUCUUUAUGUAAAUGAAGGCCCUCCCAGGGCCUGAAUUGAUGAUCCUCCACAGCCAGCUUCCCAUUUUGCCUUGGGUCAUGAAUGCAGGACCCCUCAGGCUUGCUAAUCAAAGGACUCCAAGGGGCCAGCCCUGUGGCUUAGUGGUUACGUGCACGCGCUCCGCUACUGGCAGCCCGGGUUCGGAUCCCAGGCGUACACCGACGCACCGCUUCUCCGGCCAUGCUGAGGCCGCGUCCCACAUACAGCAACUAGAAAGAUGUGCAACUAUGACAUGCAACUAUCUACUGGGGCUUUGGGGAAAAAAAGGAGGAGGAUUGGCAAUA